AUGUCGACGAAAGCGUCUCCUGUCCUGAACCAAAUUGGGAAACCCGAAGAUCUAUUUCGAUAUACGUCAGGUCGAUGGCUCGUUGACGAAAAGGCCCAGCAGCAGCUGCGUUAUGUGAAAUUUGAUCUCGAAAAUCGUUGUCGCCUGGCUGCAGCACAGUUUGACGAUUCAACAGAAUGUGUUUGUGUUGUCAAGCUGGAGGGAAACUUCAACAAAGCUUUCCUUCUUACCAUGAACGAUGGCAACGAGAUCAUAUCAAAUAUCCCAUGUCCAAAUGCCGGUCCACCCUCGUUGACCACGGCUUCUGAAGUCGCCACACUAAAGUUUCUGCGGUCAAGGACGUCAAUCCGGGUUCCAGAAAUGUUUGCAUGGAGCUCUAACGCUACCAAUCCAGUUGGUGCGGAGUUUAGCAUUAUGGAAAAGGUCAGGGGAGUUGGCUUGUCAGAGAAGUGA